UCAUAAACGCAAAUGCUGCAAGGGGACAUCCCAUUUAUACAUGGCGGAGAACAACACGGUAAUAGUCCGAUGGCCUCUGGGAGAUCUCGUGAAUCAAGAACGUUGAAGUACAACUUCCAUCUGGGGGAGCUGGUCCUCUGUUUUGAGCCAGAUCCGACUAAAGCUAGGGUGCUCUACGAUGCAAAGAUUUUGGACACAGCUUACGUGAAAGAUAAAUCAGGACGGAACAUGCCUGCUUAUCGGAUUCACUUUCAGGGAUGGAACAGCAGCUGGGACAGAACUGUUGGUGAGAACUACAUCUUAAAAGGCACCGAGGAAAACCGAAGUCUAAUGAAGCAGUUGGCAGAGACUGCAAAAUGCUAUCGCAACAACAAGGCUCGCAAGAACAAAAUUGAUGACAUUUUAGAGAAGGCCUUUAAACAUAAACCUUUGUCAUUUGACAGUAGUAGCGACUGUGAGUCAAGUGAGGAAUCCUCAGAGCCAGAUGGAGAUGGUAACAGAAACAACGGUCGGAAUGGAACCAAUGGAAAUAGAGAUGACGAUGAGGAUGAGAAUGAAGAAGAAAGUAAUGAUGUUGAGUCUGGAAUCGAGCUGACCAUUCCAAAAGUUCUUCGCCAGAAACUGGAAGAAGAUUGCUACAUGAUUAACAAAAAGAAAAAAUUCCUGCGUCUUCCAGCCGAAAUUAAUGUCGUGUCGGUAUUAGAAGGUUAUGUCAAAAAUUUUUCCGUCAAUGUUCUCUAUGGUUUGUCUGACCGUUGUAAACAGAGAGGAAACGGUAAAAACCCUGCCAUCAAUAUAAAAAGCAUUCCUAUAUGUCGGGAAGUAGUAGAUGGAAUUCGAGUCUGUUUUGACUUCUCUUUGUCAACUAUUUUAUUGUACAGUUUUGAAAAAGAUCAUUAUUCAAAGUAUAUUAGUCAUCGUUACAGGUAAAUAACUUUUGUCAUA